GUAAAGACCGGUUCUUCCAAAUACAUUAAUUUUAGACAUAUCUGUGGGUAUUGGUGAGCUUUUUUGUGCUUGGUCAUUCUUGGAUCGUUGGCCUGAGCAGCCUUCUGAUCUAAAAGAUUGUAUUGAUCGUGAGUGAAAGUACCAGUGAAUUGAUACAUUUAAGGAAUGUAGCUUCAAUUGUCGAUCCCUGCAUGGGCAAGCGUCCUCCUUACAAGAACCGUAAGGGCAAGGGCAAACUAAAGGAUAUCAAAGAAGAAGAUCAGGCGAAAGCGAGACAGCAGAAGCUUUACCACUACCAAAAGCAACUGCACAAGGCUAUCAAGAAGGCCAAGGAGUUUGAGAUCAGGAAGGUCUCACGCCGCCUGAAGCAUGCGCGGGAGAGCCAGGAUAAAGAUGGAGGCACAAUUGGCGGCCAGGCGGCAGCUGUGCAGAAGCUGCAGGACCAGCUGGAAGCUGUCAAAGCAAUUGGUCUUGAUGGUCUCACCAAAGAGGCGGCGGGAAGCCUGGUGAAAGGGACGAGCGUGAAUGUUGAAGACAGCAAGCCAGAACAGCAGGAAGCGCAAGCAGUGAUGCUGGUGAGGGCGCGCAUUCUGUCGGCCAAGUGCGUGCAGGAGACCCUGGCGGCUGCAUGGCAGGCGCUGGCGCGCCUGGAGGCAGGUGCGCGGCAGCCGGCGGCGGCUGCCGAGCUGCCGGCGGCCGCGCCUGACCUCGCGCCAGGGUCGGGCGCCUCAGAUGGCACGCCAGAGCUUGCCAGCUCUGGACACGCUGCUUCUGUGAGUGACACGCCUGAGGCGCCCUCUUCCAGCAAUGGUGAAGUCUCCGAGGAUGGGGAGGAGAGGACAGCAGCGAAGCGCAGGAAGCUGCUGGAAGGUGGCGGGGAAGCUUCCACGGGGCCGAAGAAGCAGCCAAAGCCGCCGCCCAAGAAGAAAAAGAACCGCUUGGGGCAGCGAGCGAGGAAGCUUCUGGCUGAGGCUCCGCCAGGUGGCGUUCCUGCCACACAGGGUAAGGUGACAUCCGGGGCAAAGGAGCAAGAGCAGCUGCACCCAUCGUGGGCUGCCAAGAAGGCAAUGGCUGACAGGGGCGGGCUCAUGGCGCCGUCACAGGGCACCAAGCUUGUCUUUGGGGACGACGAUUGA